UCAGUCUUAAAGCGCUGUGACGAGCAUUGAAAACGUUUAAAUUAUUACGUGUUGGAACACUUCAAGAUAAACAGAAUGAAGACUCUAGCAUUCGUCGUGUGUAUACUAGCCACCAUUACAAUCGGUGAUGCAGCGCUGAUAUCCAAUUUAGUAAAUACCUUAGUAACGUCAAGCAUAUUCAACAUUAAAGUGCUGAUAGAUUUUCAGAGAAUGUAUACGCAAUGCGCCUUGGAAUUGGGUUUAUUGAAGUCCUUGACACCUGAGAUAUCCUUUUGUGUAGCAGAAAAGAAAAACUUGGUUGAUGAAGAAGGUGCACUAAAGUGGGAUAUGACUUAUGAUUACAUGGCAAAACUUAUUCGUGACAAGAACAAGAUAGAUUUCCUAAAUGCGUACUUUAAAAAGUGCAAAAUAAUAAGUAAAUAA